AAGUUCCGAAACUACACAAGUAACUGCACAAAAUCAAAGAAAGCAAGCGCAUUUGAUAUCGAGUUAAUAUGAGUUACCAAUUAUAUCGAAACACAACCCUUGGGCACACGUUACAAGAGAGUCUAGACGAACUAAUACAGGGUGGACAAAUCACCCCCCAGCUGGCUCUCAAAGUUUUACUGCAGUUUGACAAAGCUAUCAACACAGCCCUGGCAAACAGGGUCAAGAACAGGAUACAGCUCAAGGGCAAACUGAAUACCUACCGAUUUUGCGACAAUGUCUGGACAUUUGUGUUGAACAACGUGGAUUUCCGCGACGUUCAAGAACUGGCAAAGUGUGACAAGGUGAAGAUUGUGGCAUGUGAUGGCAAAAGUGCCUCAGGACAUGAGUGAAUCCCCUCUGCUGAGUGUAUGAAUGUACUAUCAUAUUGUUAUUUCACUUUACUGUAAUUUAUAUCUCAUGAACUUGUGUUCAAAUGUUGUGUGGUCAAAAUGAGGCCAAGGUCAUAUGUAAAUAAGGUCAGUGAAGAGUGAAAGAGGAUGUUUGUUUGUUCUGUGUAUAGUGUUUUAUUGAUGUGACACAAAGUGUCGACAUUUUCCUUUUUUUUUCACAUAAUGUUGUGAGUAUUUUGUACAAUUUGUUUCUUUUUAUUAAAGAAGGAAUUAUGAAUAUAUUAAAAAAUGAAUACCUUAUGAAAAUAAUGAAAUAAAUAAGUGAAAGCAAAUA